UGCAGAAGUGUUGUCAGUCGUGUGCGUAGCGGUUACAGCGUGACUUUGUGGAAGCUUAGAAGCACGCGUUGUGUAGCAUUUGUUGCUGCUAAUAGUAAACAUUGUUGUUAAUUGAAAUACAUCGGGUGAUUGUUAAUAGAUCCUUCGAGAAAAUAGUGAUAUUUCCAGCAGUCCUGUGAUUUUCGUCUUGAACUGCAAGUAAAAGAACUCACUGUAAAUAUUGGCCACACCACAGCAGAUCGAAUUCUGUGCAUUAUAAAUCACCGAAAAUUUGACGUAUCGUGUUUUUAAGGUUAUGUUCUGACAAUUUAGUGGGUUUUGUUCACCAUGGUUGAGAUGGCAGGUGUUGGCUACGGCCGGUCAGGAGUAUUAGAGACGCAUGUUAGGGGACAGUGGUACCGCGUAUUUGUGACAUUGGAAGACGAUUAUCUCAGCAUCAGCCUAGACGAGAGCUACGAAAAUUCAACUACUUUAAAUGGAAGUCUAAAUAACAAUAACAACAACAAUAAUAUUGAUAACACUGGCGGCUUGUUAGAUGCAGUUGAUGUCCCAGAGGCUGUAGCUAACCAGAAGAGACUUGUUAGAGUAGUGAAAUCGGAUAACAAUGGACUAGGAAUUUCUAUAAAAGGCGGAAAAGAAAAUAAAAUGCCCAUCUUGAUCUCAAAAAUAUUUAAAGGCAUGGCCGCCGAUCAGACAGAACAACUGUACGUAGGAGACGCGAUUCUGUCAGUGAAUGGAGAAGAUCUGCGGGAAGCCACUCACGAUGAGGCAGUGAAGGCGCUGAAACGAGCAGGGAAAGUUGUGGAGCUUGAAGGUAUGUGAAGAUAAACGCAGAGUUAGCUGUCAGUCGUAAGUCACAAAUCGUUAUCUUAAGUUUGUUGUCUGCUUG